GAGCCGCUGAUUGGCCGGCGCGGCCAGAGGGUUACAAUUCAAACGCGGGCGGGUGGGCCCUCGGCCCUGUAGUUGCCGUCUUGUCUUCCGAGUUUCUGUCUCCCUGCCAGUGCCGCCCGGAUGGCCUCCCAGAACCGCGACCCAGCCGCAGCCAGCGUCGUCGCCGCCCGGAAAGGGGCCGAACCGAGUGGGGGCGCCGCCCGGGGCUCCGUGGGCAAGAGGCUACAGCAGGAGUUGAUGACGCUCAUGAUGUCUGGCGACAAAGGAAUUUCUGCCUUCCCUGAAUCAGACAACCUUUUCAAGUGGGUGGGGACCAUCCAUGGAGCAGCUGGCACAGUAUAUGAAGACCUGAGGUAUAAGCUCUCUCUGGAGUUCCCCAGUGGCUAUCCUUACAAUGCACCCACGGUGAAGUUCCUUACGCCUUGCUACCAUCCCAACGUGGACACCCAGGGUAACAUCUGCCUAGACAUCCUGAAGGACAAGUGGUCUGCCCUAUAUGACGUCAGGACCAUCCUCCUCUCUAUCCAGAGCCUGCUAGGAGAACCCAACAUCGAUAGCCCUUUGAACACACAUGCUGCUGAACUCUGGAAAAACCCCACAGCCUUUAAGAAGUACCUGCAGGAAACCUACUCAAAGCAAGUCUCCAGCCAAGAGCCCUGACUCAGUCUGUGUAGGCUCUCUCUUUGUGUUGUCUUUAUUUUUUUUCUUUGCUGGUCUGUCCUUUCCUUGAUUUCUGUGUAGGACUCUGUAUCUUAAGCUGUGGCAUCAUUUUUGUUUUGUUUGUUUUUUAAAUUAUGUCUCCAUUUGAGCCCUUUGUGAAUAUAUUAAAUAAAUACAUUUUGGGUUUUGUUUUGUUUUCCUUUUGCAAGUUGCUGCCUUGCAGUUACUCUAGAGUUG